AAAUUCAGUUGGCUCGUUUUUGUUGUAGCAUGGUGCUCUCGUUCUCGUUUCUGUUGCACAAGUUUUUCUCAAUUAAUUGAAUUAAUUCAAGACGCAGUUUAUUUAUAUCACGUAGUUUCCAGAGACGAUUAUUCUUCGGUUUUAUUGAUGUUCCAGUGCUCGUUCAGUUACCAUUGGUUCUGUGAGAUAAUUUGAAUUUAGAACCUGAAUCCACUCUGCCUUUUGCCGCCCGCACUCAUCAAUGACCAUCGCGUGUUAGCAAUCAAAAUGUUUGGCCAAAGUACCCCGUUUGGUGCUGCUUCAACAUCAAAUACAGGUUUUGGCCAAUCAACAUUUGGCAAACCUGCCGGGUUUGCAGCUCCAGUUUUUGGCGGAGGGAACACCUCCUUGUUCAACCCAACACCGGCCCAACCUCAAACUGGGGGUCUCUUUGGUUCUUCCACUACCACUCCAGCUUUUGGACAACCUCAAACAACACAAACUCCUUUUGGACAAACUUCUGGCUUUGGCUCAAUUUUUGGUCAGCAGCAGAAUGCUACAACAAGUGGUACUUCGGGUACCCUUUUUGGGGCACAGCAGAAUCCUGCUACUAGUUCAGCAGGUGGAACAUUUUUUGCAUCGUCAAACACAUCAGCAUUUGGUCAAACAAAGCCUUUCAGUUUCGGCACUUCAACAGGCUUGUUCGGACAAACACAGCAGCCGGCCCAACAACAAACUUCGUUGUUCGGCCAACCUGCAGCACAGACCUCAAGUCUCUUUGGAGCCUCAGCCUCAGCAACAAAUAUUGUGGGAACACCAAUUAAAUUCAACCCAGUAACAGGAAGUGACUCCAUGGUGAAAAAUGGUGUCACCACACCCAUUAACACUCGUCAUUAUUGUAUCACAUGUAUGAAAGAGUAUGAGGGAAAGUCCCUUGAAGAACUGCGAUUGGAGGAUUAUAUGGUCAUCAAAAAAGGAGGACAGCAGCCGCAGGGCACAACUCCUGGUCUUUUUGGAUCCACAGCCGCACCCACUCUUUUUGGAGGGGCUACCACCAGUACAAGUACGGGGACGGGUAUUUUUGGAUCCACAGAAAACAAACCCUUGUUCGGAGGAACAACAAGCGCUAUUGGCACAUUUGGCAGUACGUCUGGUGGCACAUUAUUUAGCAGUAACACAGGCACCACUGAUUUGUUCGGUAAAAACCAAACGGCACCAGCUUUUGGCGCUCCUGCGGCAACUCAAAGCACAGGAUUCGGCUUCAGUGCUCCGACUACUUCCAAUAUGUUCGGCACAAAUACCGCUCAAGUCCGACCUUUUGGAGCAACAACUCAAGCACCUACCUUGUUCGGAAGCACUCCUCAACAAUCUUCUCUUGGCUUUGGAACCUCAACAACCGGCUUUGGAGGAUUUGGAACUCAGAAUCAGGGUGGUCUUUUUGCCCAGAAUAAACCUGCAUUUGGCUUGGGCGCAACCACAACAGCUGGCUUUGGGUUUGGCUCCAACACUGCAACCAACACGUCUGCAUUCGGCGCUAAACUGGGAACCGCAUUUGGAUCAACGCCUGCUAGCACAGGAUCGACUUUUGGCUCCACCAUGUUCAACACCACGGCCACUUCUCAACCAACAUCAGGACUCUUUGGGUCCACGCUCAAACCAACUGCGACUUUUUCAUUUGGUCAAACUGCAACAACCAAUACCUCUUUGGGUGGUGGGUUAAACCUUGGUAGCAAUAUGUUUGGCAACAAUGCUGCAAAACCUGGAGGUUUAUUUGGCUCAACAACUAACACUGGCGGAACUCUCUUCGGAUCUAAUACAUUCGGAGGUGGAUUGGGUUCUGGUUUUGGAACAGGAACUAACACAGGCCUGGGAUCAUCUCUAUCAUUUGGUGGCAACACUCUUGGAUCUACAGCGACCAACCAGACCCAAAACACUACUGUCAAUGGCAAUGUGAAUCAACAGAUUUUAGCCUUGGCCUCGAUGCCUUUCGGUGACACCCCAUUGUUCAAGAACUUACUCCCGGUAACUGGUAAAGCAGAUACUCUCCUGAAAUCUGUUCCCAAAAGCAAAAGUAUGUUUUCGGAGAAAGAUUACAAAGUAUCACCUCGGCAGAGUCCUGGCAUUAAAGUCAGGCCAGUCAAUCGCUCUGAUUUUUCAAAGAAAUCAUUAUUUGAUGGUUUGGAAGAUAUCAAAGAUCAACAAGGUUCUCUACUAACGAAAAGUAAUCCGAAAGCCCUCGUUUUACCUGCCAAGGAUUUCAGCUCUCCAAACAAAAAAGCGAAUGAUGAUGAAGUCACAAUCCAGUUAGAACCACCUACAAUUAUUUCAAAAUUUGCAAAAUCUACAUCAGCUGCAUCGGAUACCAGUGUUUCGAAUAUCAAGAAGUCAAUGAUCAGUUGUGCCAUCCAAACACCCUCCAGAACUGAAGAUUUUUCAAGCCGAAAUGGAGAAAGCAACUCCAAUGAUUCGCCCUCCACAAAGAGUGGCUCCAAAUCGUCAAGUUCGCCAGUGAUGAACAACACCAUGACACUCUUACUUCCGCAGAAAAACACCGCUGCCUUAGAUGGGUCGCCAUCACCUCCAGUGGUUGACAGUUCCAAUCAUGAUGUCAGUAACGAGUCGGAAAAUAGACGAAGCUUGGAUGAGACAUCAGCAUCUAACUCCUCAAAAAACAAUGAAUCGGAUGGAUCCAUAUCUGCUCCUCAUCCUACUGGUAUCAUCUUACACCGAGUUGGCUACUACACCAUACCAUCAUUGGAAGAACUUACACCGUUGGUUGACGGAGAUGGCAGAUGCAUAGUUGAAAAUUUCACCAUCGGUCGAAGAAAUUAUGGAAACAUAUUUUAUCCGGACUCAUUUGAUGUCUCUGGUCUAGACAUUGAUUCCAUAGUGCACAUCCGGCAUAAAGAAGUGGUGGUUUAUCCAGAUGAAAGCAUAAAGCCGUCUGUUGGAGAAGGUCUCAACAGGAAAGCCCAAAUCACUCUGGAUAGAGUUUGGCCUACCGAUAAAUCUUCUCAUCAACCAAUAAGUGACCCUGUGAGACUCGUUCAAUUGGACUACGAGGGUAAACUUCGAAAAGCAUGUGCCAAAUUGAAAACCCGCUUUGUGGAAUACCGUCCUCAAACAGGGUCCUGGGUGUUUAAGGUUGAUCAUUUCUCCAAGUACGGCUUGUCCGAUUCUGAUGAGGAGGAAGAUCAAGUUGCAGAUGUGAAAAAACUAAAAAUGAUUGGUGGUGUUCACCCACUCUCCGCCUUAGAGCAAGCUCGCAGAACCAGCAUCAACGUUCACCUGAAAAAACAAAUGCAAAUGCCGAGUCAUUACAAUCCUUUUGAGCCAAAUGAAGAUCAGCAUAUGCUAGAUGAAAAUGACUCACUGCUCCUAAAAAAUAACUAUCACAUCGAUGAUGUAGUCUCCGCUUUAUCACAAGAAAAAGUUCAUAAAAGUCCAACAUCUGAACUUGCCCGCAAUCUGGGGACCUCCUCUCACAAAGUGCAACUCAUGAAAGCCUCUUUUUACUUGAAUCAAGAUGAAAACGAUGAUGCUUACAGCAUUGAUAGUGACUAUAUGGACUUUACCAACAUGCCUACAUCUCGAGCUCAUGACUUGGUGGAAAUGGAUACAAGCCAAAGAGAGAUGGCAAGAUUAACAGCAAAAACUUUUCCUGUCUUUAGAACGCAGUUUGUUCAACAACCUAUUUUGCCAGCUGCAACUAGCAUGAGUGUUGGAGCAGGUGAUGAAGAACUGGCUUCUCGUGCAAAAGUUACGACCUCUACUAAACUAUUCAUGUCCCAACCAAUUGUUGCCGCACCUCAGCGCUCCCACUUAAAUCAUCCAAAUUCAGUGCUUCCAUUUCACCUCUCCAGUGUCGCACGGAUUAAAGCUAAAUGCAUCUCUGAUAUGAGCCUAUUCAUGGGUCGAAGUUUUCGUGUUGGUUGGGGUAAAGAACUCAACCUUGUUCACCUGACAACAGACAAAUUAGCUGAUUCGUUUGAAAAGCACAAUGAUCUUCAGCAACUGGGAGAUCUGCUUGCUGGCAGAACAAAGAGCGACUUCACCAAAACAAUCGUUCAGCAACUGAAAAUCAUCAGUCCUUCGGCAUCUCAAACUUUUAAGGAUCUAAUCCAGAGUCACAUGGAUGUGAGACUGAAAUUCAGCAAACAAGAUGUGCAAGACGAUUGUCCCGUGUUCUCUCCUGUAGCUGGCAUUGAAGCAUUGCAUGCUCACAGUUUAAUAGCUGAUCAACAAAGUGAAAAUUACACCGACACCAGGUAUGCUGCAUCAAUAUGGCAACUUUGCGUCGCUUUAUGGGGAAACCUUCCGGACCUUGCUGCGAAAGACGAUGAACGAGAUCAUGCAAGUCUAAUGGCACGCAGACAUGCAUUUAGCGAGUGGCUUCAAAGUGUUGUCCAUGCAAGUGUGAAGAAGGACACAGUCAAUGAGCAGCAAGUGUCUUCAGUCUUUCACCUUUUGACGGGUAAAAAAAUUCUAGAAGCCUGUGAAAUGGCGAUAUCACAAGGAGACUACAACUUAUCCUUAUUGAUAUCUCAAGUCGGCAGUAAUAAUGCUGUCCGAGUUUUAGCUUCAAAGCAGUUGAUGCAAUGGCGGGAUACUGAAGCUGAUAAGCUGAUAGAUGAGAAUAGAAUUAAAUUGACAAUGUGCACUGCUGGUGUCCCACUCUUUGAAUCUUCUUUUGGUGUCAUCAACGUAUGUCAAAAUCUUGACUGGAAGCGAGCAUUAGGCAUUCAUUUUUGGUAUUUAGGAUCUCCUGCUGACUCCAUAACAACAGCCUUACAAGCCUAUGAAAAAGCUUGUAGCGGUGAAGAGAACUAUGCGGAGAAACCAGUUCCUUAUUACUCAGACGGAGAAUUAGACUACGACAUCGUUAGAGGAAAGGAGUUUAGCGACGUAUGCUUCCAUUUGCUGAAAUUGUAUAGCCAACGGUCACAUCCCUUAGAGUCACUUCUGAACCCUGCAACCUAUACUGCAGAUCCUUUAGAUUAUAGUUUAAGUUGGUUAUUAUUAGAGACUCUAGAAUCCUUAGGUUACCGUCAUAUAUCUGAGUUAUCGGCAGCACAUAUCCAUGUCAGCUUUGCCAUGCAACUGGAAGGUCAUGGACUGUGGCAUUGGGCUGUCUUCGUUCUUCUUCAUUUGAAAAACGUUCAGCGGCGGAGACAAGCAGUGUUGGAUAUCAUUGGCAAACAUGUCACGUUAUCAGAAGAUGGUAAAACGACAUUAAACAAAACGGAAGUUUUUAUCAAUGAAACUCUUGGUGUACCCAUCGAAUGGAUUUAUGAUGCUAAAGCAACGUUGGCGCUCUCUUUUCAUAGGUACAAUGAAGCUGCAUGGUACUUCAUUAAAUCCAGUCAGUGGAGUCGGAGUCAUCAGAUUAUCAUGCAGCACCUAGCAGCCGAUGCCAUCAUCAAUGAAAAGUAUGAUAAUCUAGAAGCAUUGUUGAGUCAAUGUGCAACCAACAGUACAAACAUAUCUGGGUGGCACCACUUUGGAUCGGUAAUUAGUGACUAUUUAACUUGCGUUCGAGAAGUGAACCAUUUGAUUGCGGCUCAGGACUCGUCGGUAGCGUAUCAACUGGAAAAGCUUCAACCUCAGAUUAGUUCAAUCUGCUCUCGUGUCCAGCAUCUACCUACAUUCUCUGCUAAAGACAGGCUUAUGCAAGCAGAAAUCGCCAAGCGCAUCGCUCAUAUCGUUAGAAGUAUAUUGAUGCUUCAAACGGGAGAUAUCGGAGCAUCCAGUCACAUUCUAGCCAGUUUAAUAGCGCAGUUACCACUGCCAGAAGACUACGAGCAGCAAGAAAUCCAGCAAAUUAUUGCCCCUUUAAUUGACAACUUUGCUUCUUUGUAAGUAAUAAGUGAACAUUUUCAUGAAAUACACAUCCAAUUUAUUCAUACUAAAUUGGAAUCCAGUAUCUGUAGGAGAAAAUUAAGAUGCUUUAUUUUGUUAUACCAGGACUACCAGAGCUUGUGUUAAUACAUACUAUUUUUGUAGAUGAGUAAAUUGAGUUUUUUUAAAAUGAAUGUGAUACGAAUCUGUUAUUUUUAGGUUUUUAUGUUUCUCUAUCUUUUCACAUCUAAAACUGUUCCUGGAGCUUAAAUUUAAGUGUUGAAAUUUCAAUACAAUUAGCAGCCAUUAUUUUUUGAAAUGUCCAAAUGCUGCAAAUACAACUAGGCAUUACUGAAGUAGGAUGAAAUUCCUCUAAUUUCGUCACAACAAGGUCGCCUCAAGUAGGGAGUACAAAAUUCCAAAAUUUCAGCCAGAAACAACUUGUAAUGAUAGAAGAUCGAUGAAUAGAGUGCUUACGUGACAGUUGGGAGAGUUAUUAAUAUCCAGUUAGCUCUUUUAUUUUAAGUAUAUUAUUUCACACAUGUGGGCUAAGUUGGUCGAAUUAAUUUUUAAGUUGCUGUGGCAAUUCUGUAACAAGUAUAUAUUCCUUCCCUGCCCUCACUGGCUCUUAUGAAAAUGUGAAAGGGCUAAGGGUUUUAGACCAAUGAAAAUAUUUUAAAAAAAUUGAAUCAAACUGUCAUUUCUACCCUGUUGUCUGAGAGUUGUUAAAUCAGAUGUAAACCAAGCAAUGAAGUAUUCUCUCUAGGUAUUUCUUGUUCAUUCGGUCUCUAUCACUGAGCCAUUCCGAAUAAUGUGCUUGAUUCAAUCAUAUUUUUAAAUUAAAAACAUCUUAACAACUUUGUCUGAUUUUUCAUGUGUCCUCUUUGUAUUGAAAUGUACCUAAAUUUUAGAAAUUCGUUUAAUGAAGUAAUUUUUAAUCUAAGUAUUGAAUUUUAUUCCUAGAUCAUGAAGCUCUAAUUUUGUUUAAUGCAUAAAAUAGGCAACAAAAUUGAAGGAAGGUUCCAAAGAAUUGAAAAAUUCUAAAUGUCUCAUCUGUUCCAUGUUUUCUCCAAUGCAUUAUCAAGGCUUUGAUUGUGAAAAUGACACUCUCCUCCUUUAAAUUACAUUUAAAAUGAUUUUCUCACCGAAUGUAAUAAUGAAAAAUGAAAAAAAAAAAAAAAAAAAAAAAUCAAUGAUAGAAGUUUACUCUCCAAAACAAGUUUGCUAAAUGACUCAGACUCUUGUCUGUCAGGGUGUGUAAUUUUUUUUUAAAAUUAGGUAUUUUUAUUGAAACACGAAGUAUAUUGGUCUAAUGAACGGUCUAAGGAAAAUGUAACCAAAAUAAAAUUUCAAAUUGUUUCAUACUCAAAUUCUACCGAAAUUAUAUUAUCUUAGCCCUAUAAGUCCAACCGUAUUUUAAAAUUGUCCCUGUUUUUGAAAAUGCAUUCAGAAGUUGUAAUUUUCCUACUUUUAUCCGCCCUUUCUUUCUUAGUGAAUAUUUAUUCUCUCUUAUCAAAAUGUUGGUGUUCAAUCAUUGGUUUAAUUAUAAUCAGAUACAAUUCGUGAUGCAUUUACUAAAGAAAAUCGUAAAUUCACCUGUUUCUUUGAAAUUCUUUUUCACAUUCCUGUCCGGAAAUAAGUGCCCUAUCAUAUUAAAAAUUUUGUAAUUUACCAGUUACAGUAUCUUCUAAUAGUGCAUCUGGUCUAUUUUCAAAAACUGUUAAGAUCUUAAUUGACCUAUUGUUCUUUUCUGAUUAAUUUGAUUAUUUUAUUGUCAGCAAAUAAUAAUGCUCCAAGUAUUAUUUUCUAUGACCAUGUUAAAUAUUUUUUGUAACUUCAUCCCCGUGAGUUAAUCCCUUGUAAAUUUUAGCUAGGAAAUAAAUAAUACGUCUGUUUUUACAAACGAAGACUGCUCAGACUUUUGAAUCUAAGAAAUUGUAAAUUAAAAUUAUGGGAAAAAUUGUUUUGUUAGUUAUUACUGUGUACGUCUAUGUAUAUACAUUAUUUUAACUUGAAAAGAAAAAUAAUAAAUAACUUGGAAACUUUUUAUUAAAUCAGUAAAAA